AUGGCCGAAUUCGUGAUCGAAGACAAGGACCUGUCCAAACUCAAGGGCAAAGUGGUUAUCGUCACAGGAGGAUCGGCAGGAAUUGGUCUUGCCACAGUUACUACGCUUCUCUCGCAAGGAGCUUCUGUUAUCAACGCGGAUAUUAACCCGCCGACUAAGCAACCAGAGAGCUCUUACACGUUUGUAAAGACCGAUGUAGCCGCUUGGGCUGAUCAGGUUGCUCUUUUCAAGAAGACGAAAAAGAUUUAUGGUCGUAUCGACCAUGUCUUUGCUAAUGCCGGUGUUGGCCCUCGCGCCAACUAUUUAUCGACAGAGGUUGACGAGAACGGAGAUUUAAUCGAGCCUACACAUGCUGUCUUGGACGUCAGCUUGAAGGGAGUUAUGCAUACUGCUACGCUGGCGAUAUACCAUAUGCGACAGCAAGUUGAAGGGGGCAGCAUCGUCAUCAAUGGCUCCUCGACAGGUUUACAGCGGUUGCGUGCUGUGGACUACUCUACCGCCAAACAUGCCGUUCUUGGGUACGGUCGUGGUCUCAUUCCACUCCUCGAGUCAGCCAAGAUACCCAUCAGGGUCAACAUUCUGGCGCCAACUUGGGCGGAAAGCAACGUGCUUCCAGACCUAAAAGGCUUGAUGGAAAAAGUCGGGGUUGAAAUACAACCUGCAAAUGCUGUGGCACGAGGCGCGGCCUUGUUGAUGGCCGACAACUCGCGCAAUGGACAUGUGAUUCAUGUUCAGCUUGGAAGGUAUAAGGAAAUCGACGAGUCUGUGCUGCUUCCCGCGUUUGAGUCCAUCAAGGGACCCGAUUAUCCGAGCGAGGAUGAGGUACUUAGGCGCAUACAAGAACUCAUGAUGUCUGGCUAG